CCAUUUACAUAUAAAAACCCCCUCUCGCUAUUCUCUGUUUCUUGUUUCUUGUUUCUUGAUUAAAACCCUACGAGUUUAAUCCUUUCCUCUUGAUUUUUGAUUUAAAAACCCUAAACCUUUUUACCUGAAAUUCCCUGAUUUUUGAUUUUUAAUGAUGUCUUUUCCGGCGGUUUUGUUUGAUGGCGAGCAAGAAACAAGCCUUGGGAACAUUUUGAUUUCACCUUCGUUGAAUUUCAAGGUUUUACAAUCAAUUAUCAGUGAGAAAUUGGUUCUUUCUCCUCACCAGUUUUCUAUCUAUCUUACUGACACCAAAAAGAAUGGAAUGAGAAUUCCGGUCACCGGAAAGAUCGAUUUCUCGACUAUCUCGCGUGAAAAAGAUUGCAUCUUUCUUGUUGUGCUUAAAAGAUCGAGACGUGAUAGGAGGCGUAAAACUCGCGAGGUUUCGGCUGCGGAGAUGUUGCAGGGCCGAUAUGAUCCGCCGCCGGCGAAUAUGAUGCUUUUGAGACGUGAUGGUAAUAGUGUUGCUAUUAAUGUUGAUUUGGAUCGGUCCGGGUUUGAGAAACGGGUCAGGGAACUGCAAAUGGAGAAAGAACGGUACUUGAUGAAUAUGGGUCUGGGUUUUGAAGGACUGAGUUCGCCUCAAGAAAGAGUAGUGUGUGAAGAAUGCUUGAGGGCUAAGGAAGUGGGGUUAGAAGUCGGGUUUCACUGGUGUGUUUAUGAUGCUGUUACUUUUGGGUUCAAGUCACCUGCGGGUCCGAUUGCCCGACCCGCUAAAGGUUCUGGUUGAUGGGUUGUUCGUGGCCUUCUUUUUUCUUUUUGUGAAUAGAGAUGAUAUGAUAUGGUGUGGAUGGGUGUGCGGUAAGAAUGAUACACCUUACUUACUGUGAUGAUUUGAUUUAAGCUAGGAUAGAGUACUACUUGGGAAAGUGUUUAUAUACUUACCAUAUGGGCAUGUCAGGACAAAACACAUUUUGUGCUUCUAAGGAAGCAGGGUUUGAUAUAACAAACACAAAAUUUGUUAGAAAAAAAAUGGUGAAUUGUGAUGGUGACUUUGUGCAAUGGAAAUUAAGGUUUUGGGCUGUUUAUAUUUUGUUUUCUUGGUUUAUCUUUGUGGGUAUUUGGCUUCUAAAUGAAGGAAGGAGAGUGGGGAAUGGUAAAUGAAAUAAUCAAUAAUGGGUUAGGUGCUUUUGUUUUUGGUUAAGCUUUUCAAGUUUUUUUGCUAAAGGAUAUGGCCAUAUGGGCAUCAAACUAGUGUCCAAAUUGGAAUGUUUUAGGGGCAUAAUUGAUGCUUUGAUAGGAAUGAGAAGUACCAAUUCUUUCUUGCUUG